GCGUGUGUGUCCAGUUGUGCGCUGUCCGGUGUGUUCGCUCUAUUGAGUGUGAACCGCAGAGGUUAGCCGGCCGGUGCGUUUUCUUCUCCGCUAAAAGUCCGUGAAGAGAGGAGAAGAAAAAGGGACAUGGGCGAAAGAUUUGUGGUGGUCCCGGUUGACGGCGGAGGAGGGGUCGCCGGGGAGGACGAGCACUCGGACGCGGUUGUCUCUGACCCGGCGCCGGACACCGGUAGCGGCGGCAGAGAGGAGGAAAAAGAGGCGGGGGAGGACUCAGUGUUCGAACAGCAGGACCCCAACGCUGUGGUGCCUAUCCUGGAGUACAACAGAGAGCCCAACAAGUACGGUGAUGGUGUCCCGAAGGAAAACAGUCCCUUCAUCAACAACACAGACAAUGACAAAGGAAAUAGCUACGAUGGCACCAAUAUGGCACUUUUUGAGGAGGAGAUGGACAGCAACCCCAUGGUGUCAUCUCUCCUCAAUAAACUGGCAAACUACACCAAUCUCACCCAGGGGGCCCAGGAGCAUGAGGAGGCUGAUGAUGAUGAGGGGCCCAAGAAGAAAGCUGUCAAGAGCCCUCAGAUGGGGACCUUCAUGGGUGUCUACCUCCCCUGCCUCCAGAAUAUUCUGGGGGUCAUCCUGUUUCUUCGCCUUACCUGGAUCGUUGGCACCGCCGGCAUCUUGGAGUCCCUGGCUAUUGUCGGCUUGUGCUGCUCUUGUACCAUGCUGACAGCCAUAUCCAUGAGUGCAAUCGCUACUAAUGGAGUUGUGCCAGCUGGAGGCUCCUACUACAUGAUUUCCAGAUCUCUCGGUCCAGAGUUUGGUGGAGCGGUCGGUCUUUGUUUCUACCUGGGCACAACCUUCGCUGGUUCCAUGUACAUCCUGGGUACUAUAGAGAUUCUACUGACCUACAUAGUGCCUAAGAUAGCCAUCUUUGUGGCAGAGAGAAAAGAGGAUGAGGUGGAUGCCUUGCUGAAUAACAUGCGUGUUUAUGGGACAGGCUGCCUUGCACUGAUGUCCUUGGUCGUCUUUGUAGGGGUCAAAUACGUCAAUAAGCUAGCUCUAGUUUUUCUGGCCUGUGUCAUUCUUUCCAUCCUCGCCAUCUAUGCUGGAGUCAUCAAGACCAUCUUUGAGCCACCUGACUUUCCUGUUUGUUUGCUGGGGAAUCGCACUCUGCAGAACCACAACUUUGACAAGUGUUCUAAGUUUGAGGUGAUAGGCAACUUGACUGUCACUACCAAGCUGUGGCAGCUGUUCUGUGAUGGACCCGACCUAAAUGCCACCUGCAACGAAUAUUUUGUCAACAACAAUGUGACUGAGGUGCAGGGCAUCCCUGGACUGACCAGCGGCGUUAUUUCAGAAAAUAUGUGGUCAGAAUAUGGCCCUCUGGGUAUGCUGGUGGAAAACAAGAAGUUGCCGUCUGUUGCUGGAGGUGACCCCGCCCGGGAUAUCUACCUGCCCUAUGUAAUGAACGAUAUCACCAGCUUCUUCACACUACUGGUCGGCAUCUACUUUCCCUCUGUCACUGGUAUCAUGGCUGGUUCAAACCGGUCAGGUGACUUGCGAGAUGCCCAGAAGUCCAUCCCCAUUGGGACCAUCCUGGCUAUUGCUACCACCUCCAUCAUCUACGUCACCUGUGUGGUGCUAUUCGGUGGCUGCAUUGAGGGCAUUUUGCUUCGAGACAAGUUUGGUGACUCUGUGAAAGGGAACCUUGUUAUUGGCACACUGUCUUGGCCCUCACCUUGGGUUAUUGUGAUUGGCUCUUUCUUUUCCUGCUGCGGAGCCGGGCUACAAAGUUUGACAGGGGCCCCACGGCUGCUGCAGGCCAUCGCACGAGAUGGCAUCGUACCGUUCUUACAGGUGUUUGGUCAUGGGAAAGCUAAUGGAGAACCUACCUGGGCUCUACUGCUGACUGCUGGGAUCUGUGAGAUCGGCAUCCUCAUCGCUUCCCUGGACGCUGUGGCUCCUAUCCUCUCCAUGUUUUUCCUCAUGUGCUACCUGUUUGUCAACCUGGCCUGUGCAGUUCAGACCCUGCUGCGAACGCCCAACUGGAGACCACGCUUCAAAUACUACCACUGGGCUCUGUCCUUCCUGGGGAUGAGCUUGUGUCUCGCCCUCAUGUUCAUCUCGUCCUGGUAUUAUGCUAUUGUGGCCAUAGCCAUCGCUGGCUGCAUCUACAAAUACAUUGAAUACCGAGGGGCAGAGAAGGAGUGGGGUGAUGGCAUCCGCGGCCUGUCUCUUAAUGCAGCCCGCUAUGCUCUCAUUCGCCUUGAGGAGGCUCCACCACACACCAAGAACUGGAGGCCUCAGUUGUUGGUGCUUCUGAACCUGGACUCAGAUCAAGUGGUCAAACACCCUCGUCUGCUGUCGUUCACCACUCAACUGAAGGCGGGGAAAGGCCUGACUAUAGUGGGGAAUGUUUUAGAGGGAACCUAUCUCACCAAAGAAGCAGAGGCAAAGAGUGCUGAGCAGAACAUCAAGGCUGCCAUGUCAGCAGAGCGUACCAAGGGUUUCUGCCAUGUCGUAGUGUCUUCCAACCUCAGAGAUGGCUUCUCCCAUCUCAUCCAGUCUGCGGGGCUGGGAGGCAUGAAGCACAACAGCGUCCUAAUGGCCUGGCCUGGAAACUGGAAGCAGUCCAAUGACCCACAGUCAUGGAAGAAUUUCAUAGAGACGAUACGGGAGACCACAGCUGCCCAUCAGGCUUUGCUUGUGGCCAAGAAUGUGGACAGUUUCCCUACAAACCAGGACCGCCUCGGGGAGGGCACCAUCGACGUGUGGUGGGUGGUUCACGACGGUGGCAUGCUCAUGCUGCUGCCCUUCCUGCUGCGACAACACAAGGUGUGGAGGAAAUGUAAGAUGCGCAUCUUCACCGUGGCCCAGAUGGAUGACAACAGCAUCCAAAUGAAGAAAGAUCUCCAGAUGUUCCUUUACCACCUGCGACUGGAUGCAGAAGUAGAAGUAGUGGAGAUGCAUGAUAACGACAUCUCAGCCUUCACCUAUGAGAAGACGCUGAUGAUGGAGCAGAGGUCUCAGAUGCUGAAACAGAUGCAACUCUCCAGGACCGAGAGGGAGAGAGAGAUUCAGAGUAUCACUGACGAAUCACGUAGCUCAAUCCGGAGGAAGAACCAGGGCGCUGCCCAGACCUCGAACCUCAGCCGGCAAUCCUCUCAGACGGAGGACACUCAGGAGGAUGAGGCCCAGCUGAUCCACGACAGAAACACAGCGUCUCACGCCACAAUAAACGACAAGGCAGAAACUGGACCUGAGCGGGUUCACAUGACCUGGACCAAGGACAAGCUUUUCACGGAGCGUAACCGCAACCGUGAGGGCAACGCCAACGUGGCUGUACGAGACCUGUUUAACAUGAAACCAGAGUGGGAGAGUCUGAACCAGUCUAACGUUCGUCGGAUGCACACAGCUAUCAAGCUGAAUGAGGUGGUGGUCAACAAGUCGCAAGGUGCUCACCUGGUGCUGCUCAACAUGCCCGGACCACCGAGGAACAGAGGAGGAGAUGAAAACUAUAUGGAGUUCCUGGAGGUUCUCCUCGAGGGUCUGAACCGGGUGCUGCUGGUCCGAGGCGGUGGCCGUGAAGUCAUCACCAUCUACUCUUAAAAAAAAAAAAACUCUCACGCCCCACCCUGCACACACGGGCUAUUGCCAUGGAUACCAGUCACCGGGCAUUUUCGGGGGAAGAAGCCUAAUUGUCUUUUUUAUGGAGGGCGGGGACUGUUGGAAGGCGGGGCCACUUGUGAUUGACAGAUGGUGUGGGGGACCUCAGGAAGAGGGAGACAGUUAAAUCUGGCUCAGUGAGCGAGAGAGAGAGAGAGAGAGAGAGAGCGAGCACAGUGUGCGUCCAUGCUGGGCCACAGUACCCCUGCAAACAGAAGAUAGAGCAUAGAGACACUUUAUAUUUUUCAUUUAACUCUGAAAACGUUGUUAUGUUACAUUUUCAUAUUCUUUUCCUCUUGUGUUGAUGUUGUCAAGUUGUCGACACUCACUGUGUAAAGAUAAGCAGAGAAGUGAAUGUGUGUUGAUAUGAACCUCGUAGUCUUUCAUGUUGUCUGGUGUGGUACUCUACUCUGGGAGGCGCAAAGACGUUUGCUGGACCUGAGAACAACACGCACAGAGUUACUGAACGGAUUUGAACUGAGAGUAGAAAAUCACCUUUUUUAAAACUCUACUGCAGAAAGUCACUCAUAACAACAUAUCUUUUUAUUACAAAUACAGUUUAGUGAUCUGUAUGGUCGGCAUCACCGGUUUAGCUUAAAUGUUUUCAUUUUAAAUAACUUGUUUUCAGUCUGAACUGCACAAGGGGCGUACAGUGUGUUUUAGAAGCUGCUAAAACAUCCCAGUGAGGUCGCUGAGAUCUCCCCUCAAGCAGCGUGUGUGGUUGUAGUGUUGUUGUUGUUGCUCUGUGGUUGUUUGCCUUGUCAAUGAUUUAGUGGAGGACUGGCUGGGAGGUUGUUGAACGUGCACCAGAUGUUGGAUCACCUUCUGUUAGGCGGUGUGGGAGCCUUUCAGAUACUGGAAUCUGAUACUUGAUAAUCAGUCAAUAUUUCCCACGUUCAAUGAAUGCUGUUGUUUAUUAGGGAAAAUAGCCAUAGUUCAUAUUCUAGGACCCUUUGUGAGCUUUAUAUGAAAUGCACAUGUAAACAUAUUUAUGGUGUCUGAAGUAGUGCUCAGUUGACUGUAGAUUUUUUUUUUAAAUCAAUGGGCUGUUUGACAGCGCACACUAGGUUCAUACAUCUGUAGAUUGGCUAGUUGGUUUGCAUAUUGAAUCUAUAAUUUGCCUUCAGAACUGUUGGCAUUUGAAAAGGUGAACUUUUAAAACAAAAGCAAAAUAUUGACUCGUGAAUUUGGAAUUUCUUUGAUGUGGUUUCAUCCCAUAUCGUUGUGGUUACAGCACUGUUGACUUUGCACUACAGAUCUCUCAGCACUUCAGUCACUGUGUACUCGCUCUUGGUUCUGUCGUAGCACAGUGACACUUUGUGCAGGUCAAUACGUUUUGCGUAAAGAGUGUGCUCCGUUUAGAAGCCCAUGAGAUCAUGAAUAAAAGACAGCAAAAUCCCAUACUAUAUUUAAUAUGUUUCAAUGUUGUUUUUAUAAUAUUUUACCAAACAAAAUGAUUUAGCUUUGAGUCCCAGACUGAGUAGGUCAAUUGUUAUGAACAUGUGUAGGAGAAAAAGUGCCAAAAUGACUACAAAAGAAACUGUGGAAGUAUUAUUAAUGCAACAUAUAGCACAUUAUUGUUACACUGACAAUCUUUAAUCUUUGGAAACCCUAAAAACAAAAGGCACAAGGAUUUUUUUAAUGCUAAAACUCCUCAUCCCUGCCAGAAUCCUUUUUGUUUUUUUUAAACUCUGAAUAUAAGUAAAUAGAGGAAAUGCAGCUAUUAGUGCAAUUUCCAGGGCAUUUCAGACCAUUUAACACAGGCUAAAUGCUGCAAGUAAAGAAUGACUUUCGAGUCAGAGCAAAGAAGGAAAAAACAUUCAACCAUUCCUCACGUGUACCUCCACAGUUUCUUUUUAAAAAUUAGCUGUGCAGUAUUUUGUAAAGCAGUAAGUUGUGUUUUCCUGCAGCUCUCUGCAGGGAAAUGUGAACUUUGUGAGUCUGAUUGUCAGUUAUGCAACAUCUGUGUUUUGUUGUGUUUCGUUCAGUUGUUGAUGUAUGCUUGUGUAAUGAUAUAGUCAUGGUCUCUGUAGUGUUUGUUACAUUAUUAUUGAUCUUCUGUUACUUUAAGUGUUAAUUUUCAGUCUGAUUUUGAAGGAAGGAGGCAGAGAGAGGCAGUAUGUGUGAAGACGGCAGCAGUUGUCCGAUUUUUUUUUUUUUUUUUUUUUUUAGUUUCUGUUUUGUUCCAACCCACCAGAAAGGCAACAUGCACAACACACAGGACUGAAGAGCCCUCAUGAUACACCCUGGACUGAGUAUUAUGAAACCUUAGUGAAGCAACCAGGGUACAAAUGAAUAGUUUUAAAUAAUUGUCACUUGAUAAAUGAAGUUCAAACUAUUUCAGUUUUUCUUGUUCAGUGUUAUAUUUUUAGCCACCACAGAUAAAAACAUGGCACAGAAUAAAUAAAGGUAAAAUUGUCUAGUUUUAAGAAGUUUAAAACAUUGAAAGUUGUAAAUUAUUAAAGACAUUUCUGUUUGUUUUUAAUUUGGUUACUGAGCUGAAUAGCAGUAGCAGUGCAUAAAAGAAAAGACCUUGAACAAAAGAUGCUAAAUAAAAAUGUGUCUGGAGAUAAAUAGGAUAUAAGCAAUGUGUGUUUCACAGCUGUGUUGUUUGAGGUGACUGGAGAAUGUUAUCUACCUCAAGGUGUCACUGAGGCUUGGCUGAAGAAAUAAAAACUCGUUCAAUCACA